UCCCUAGUCAUUGAAGUGAAGGUAUUGGGCUAUCAUAACCUGUUACAAUCUAUGCAGGAGCAUAGAAUUCCAGACACUUAGCUUAAAUGGAGUCAGAAAGAACCACUACUCAUACAAGAAAGACAUACAAGAAAGAAACAUAACAAGAGUGUGAGCAGCUGUACAUUACAGACAGCCUUGGAGAAAGAAGCCCCUCAGUGGAACUUAGUGGAACUCUGAGUGAGUGCAAAAGUAGAGACAUGGGCUCAAGGACUUCAUUUAUGAGAUCUGACAUCAACCCAAACCACACAGCAUGGAACCUAGGAUGAAGACCAGCAGAAGCCUUUCCAAAGCAGUUUCACAAUCAUGAUUCAACCAUCAACUGUUUAAAUUGGAUUUUCCCAGUAAAUUAGAAACUCUAGGAAGACAGGAACUUUGCCUGCCUUCUUCAUUUUUAUCAUUUCAUCUCCUAAACAAAGUGUACAGACUUCUAUUUGGUAAGUUAUUCAUUAAUGAUUACUAUUGGACAAAUUUUGGGUUCACAUGGUAAAAGUAAAUAUCAGUCUACCACCAGUCCUCUAGAGUUGGCUGUAAAUAAUUGUGCUUAUAUUACCUACAGGGUAAACAUUAUAGAAUUACUACUCCAGAAUCCUUUGUUUCUAUGAUUUCCAGAUGUUCCCAAUGUCUAGAUGUUCCAGCUGCCCAUCUCUGAGAAAUCCAGCUCUGUCUCACCAUGGAUGCCACAGCCUGUAAUGAAUCAGUGGAUGGCUCACGCUCACCCGUCUUUUAUCUGGUGGGCAUCCCCUCUCUGCCAGAGACCUUCUUCCUCCCUGUGUUUUUUAUUUUCCUCCUCUUCUACCUUCUUAUCCUGAUGGGCAAUGCCCUGAUCCUGGUGGCUGUGGUGGCAGAGCCCAGCCUCCACAAGCCCAUGUACUUCUUUCUGAUCAAUCUCUCCACCUUGGACAUCCUUUUCACCACCACCACUGUCCCCAAGAUGCUGUCCCUAUUCUUGCUUGGGGACCACUUCCUCAGCUUUUCUUCCUGCUUACUGCAAAUGUACCUCUUCCAAAGUUUUACAUGUUCAGAAGCCUUCAUCCUGGUGGUCAUGGCCUAUGACCGCUAUGUGGCUAUCUGCCACCCAUUGCACUACCCUGUUCUCAUGAACCCACAGACCAAUGCUACCUUGGCAGCCAGUGCCUGGCUCACUGCCCUCCUCCUGCCCAUCCCAGCAGUAGUAAGAACCUCCCAGAUGGCAUAUAACAGCAUUGCCUACAUCUACCACUGUUUCUGUGAUCAUCUGGCUGUGGUCCAGGCCUCCUGCUCUGACACCACCCCCCAGGCCCUCAUGGGGUUCUGCAUCGCCAUGGUGGUGUCCCUCCUACCCCUUCUCCUUGUGCUUUUCUCCUAUGCCCACAUCCUGGCCUCGGUGCUUCGCAUCAACUCCAGAGAAGGACGGGCAAAAGCCUUCUCCACCUGCAGCUCCCACCUCCUGGUGGUAGGCACCUACUACUCAUCCAUUGCCAUAGCCUACGUGGCCUACAGGGCUGACCUGCCCCUCGACUUCCACAUCAUGGGCAAUGUGGUAUAUGCCAUUCUCACACCAAUUCUCAACCCCCUCAUUUACACUCUGAGAAACAGGGAUGUAAAGGCAGCCAUCGCCAAAAUCAUGUCUUAAGACCCAGGCUGUGACAGGAGCAUUUGACCUAAAUGCAGCUAAUGCUGCUCCCAGGACACUAAAUAACAGUGCUUAGCACAGAGUAAGGACUCAGUACACAUUGUUGAAUAAAUAAAUUAAAGAAUAUAGAAUGGUAAAAGAAAAUUCAGUUGGGCAGACAGCUCCAACAGUGGUUCUCAUACUUUGUUCCAGGGUUUUCUCCCUGCACCAAUGAAAUAAUGUUAAUUUUUAUAGGAAUCUUAAGUUGUUGUGUAAAAUUUUACUACUUAGUAAUUCAGGAAACCUUUACUAAAAUAAAAUAUCUUCAUGACAAAAAAAUUCUUAUAAGCAAAGUCAAAAAACAAAUAAAAGACAUAUCACAGGGAAAGGCAAAGAUUCAUAUUAUACAAAGAGCUCUUAAGAAUGUAGAAGACUAAAAUAAGCAUUUCAGUAAAAACAUGAGCAAAAUAUAUGUGUAGACAGAUCACCAAGAAACUGUAGUGGCCUUUAUUUAAUGAGUCUUUACUAUAUAAAAAGAAUACAAAUUUAAAUUGUGCUGAAAUGCUGUUUUUCAUUUAAUCAGAUUAGCAAAAUCCAAUAUUUUGACAAGAUGCAUGUGGAAAAACAGAACUUCUAUAACUUGCUUGUGAAGAUGCAAAUUCGUAUGACACUACUACAGUAUGUACCAAAAGUAAAUAUGCAUUUACCAUUUGACUUAGCAAUAUCACUUCUAGGGACCUAUCCCAGGGAGUCACUGUCAUUCAUCCACUAGGUUACUUAUUCAUCAGUA